CGCUGGUGAACAAGAUGUCGUCGCCCAAAAAGCCGGAAAAGUUGAAUGACGAGUCCCCUGAUACUGUCAUGGCCGACGCAGGCGACAUGCUGCCGAACAAGGACCAGCCAGCCAGCUCUAGUCCAGUCGCAUUUUCUGAUGACCGUCCCGCCAAGAAGACUCGUGCUCAUCGCAUGAGGGUGUCGGAUCUGGUGGGGCUCGGCAUUACAGGGCCCUUUAAAAAGGCUCGUCGGCGGGAGAGGACCACCUUUACCACCCGAGACGACCAAGAGAUCUUGCAGGGCCUCGAGACAUAUGGGCCGACGUGGACCAAGAUUCACCGUGACAAGCGCUUUCACCUUGGCAACCGGAAGCCUACGGAUCUUCGGGACCGCGUGCGAAACAAGUAUCCCUACAUUUACCAACGCAUCGAAAAAGGCAUCUUCCAGCCCAAGGAUGUCAGCACCAACAACAUUCUCGAGCCAAUGGUCAACAUGACCAUCAGCCAUUCCUUCCAGGCUGCUCCCACCAAGCGCGGAGAGACUCCAAAGGAGCCGCAAAAGUGGUCAUUCCUGGUGACUAAUUCCUCGGAGCAGUCUCAGUCUCGGUCUCAGUAACCAGCUUCUAAUUCUGAGAAAUCCCGUAGCCGCCAGCGACGGGUUACGAUGAAUACCCAUCGACCACAGCAACAAAAAAAUAAGCAUCAUUACAGCAACUAUCGCAGCUCUUGUUCUACUACAUCUAACCUGCAUCUUUUUCUUCUUUUUCUUUCCUUUGACUGGAGCAUUUGUCCAAGGCACGGAAAAGGCCUUUUUUUAUUCAAAGAGCUCUAAUAAUUCCGUGCUUCACUUCGAGAGUGUUGCCAUCUUGAGCUCGCAUAUGGAAAGGGGACAGGCAAGGAUUAUAAUACCCGUAUUUACGUUACACAUGAUGGGAUGGGAUGGAAUGGGAGGAGUUAUAGCAAUACACAGGCCAAUGAAUUGAUUUCUUUAGUUACCAAUCUAUCCAUCUAGCAGUCUAUUGACCUGCCGAUCGGAUUCUCUGACUGCCCUCGUGACGCUCGUCUUAGUAGGUUUUGUGGAGCCUUUCUCCAUUCCAUUCAUUCGGAGUAAGUUGGAGCCUCGUUAUGGAGACGGUCGGAAAAACAGCGGCAUUGGAUGCAAGGCUAUCUCACGUGAUUUUCAACUUUGCUCUUUACCAGCCAGCCUUAGGGCAAGAAGCCCCCACAUUUUGGCGCUCACGAAGCGAGAAGAAAAAAAAAGAACGAGCCGCCAAUUUCAUUUUAGAUCUUGAUCCACGCUCAACCUUUUCGUCGUUCUCAUCAUCCGACAAAUCAGCCAGUCGUCACCAUGGCCCGAGGAAUCAAGAAGCACCAGAAGCGCCUUAGCGCCCCCUCCCACUGGCUCUUGGACAAGCUGUCCGGCCUGUACGCCCCCAAGCCCUCUGCCGGUCCUCACAAGCUCCGCGACUGCAUGCCCCUGAUUGUCUUCAUCCGAAACCGCCUCAAGUAUGCUCUCAACUACCGCGAGACCAAGGCCAUCAUGAUGCAGCGCCUCGUCAAGGUUGACGGCAAGGUCCGCACCGACAUCACCUACCCCGCCGGCUACAUGGACGUCAUCACCAUUGAGAAGACUGGCGAGAACUUCCGUCUCAUCUACGACACCAAGGGCCGCUUCACCGUCCACCGCAUCCAGGCCGAGGAGGCCGAGUACAAGCUGGGCAAGGUCAAGCGCGUUCAGCUGGGCCGUGGUGGAAUCCCAUUCUUGGUCACGCACGAUGCGAGAACCAUCCGUUACCCUGACCCCCUGAUCAAGGUCAACGACACCGUCAAGAUCGACCUUGCCACCGGCAAGAUCACCGACUUCAUCAAGUUCGACACUGGCGCCGUCGCCAUGGUCACUGGUGGUCGUAACAUGGGCCGUGUUGGUGUCAUCACCCACCGUGAGCGCCACGACGGAGGCUUCAACAUUGUCCACAUCAAGGACGCCAUUGACAACACCUUUGCCACCCGUGAGAGCAACGUCUUCGUCAUUGGCCAGGAGAAGCCCUGGAUCUCCCUGCCCAAGGGCAAGGGUGUCAAGCUCACCAUUGCUGAGGAGCGUGACCGCCGCCGCGCUCUGGCUCACUAAGGAAAGAAAGAAGAUGUAUAGUAAUCUUUUCUUUUUUUCUUUCUGUUAGUGGAUAAAAUGAUAUCCAAAAAAGAUCAAUGGUUAAAACAAAAACAAUGGCAUAUAUGUGGACUGGAGUCUCGGAUUUGAUGUUUGCUUUUUAGUAAAAAAAAAGGGAAAGGAAUUUUAUUUCCUCAAGUGAUUCCCCCCUUUUUUCCAUAUUUCUUUCCUCCCCCUCUGGAGAUAGCCAGCCUGCGGGGUUUAACGAACGGAAGAGAAGACAUUCAAAAGAUUUUGAGCCCAAGCUGCUCUGUUCACGUGUGCAAGAUUCUUG